ACUUUUUCUGGCCAAAAAGGUUGGCCUCCGUUUUGUUACGUUUGCAAGCACUAAAAAAGAGGAGUUGAGACUAGAGAGAGAAUGAAGCAAGAGAGAGAGAGAGAGGUGAAAUUGGGAAAGCAUGCUUUGUCGGCCAUUAGAGCUUCAAGGAGGAGCUCUCAUCCGUCCCUUCGAUUCACCUAAAGAUCCUUCAUCAUCAUUCCCUUCACUUCACCAAGAACUUCCACGACAAAAAGAGGAACCGGGUUUGCUUCUUUUGUCCGGUAAUUCAUGAAUAACGCGGUUCUCACUGUCAUCUCAAGGAAUCUGUGGAAAAUGGUGGAGCUGUUGUUUUCUGUAUCUCUUUUUUGAUGAGUGAUGAGCGAUAAGCCCAUAGUGUUGAGGUUUUAAACCAUCAACUUGUUGGAUUAAUUUGGUGGUUCCCAUGGUUAUUAGAAUGUCAAAGAAUUGCAGAUCAAGGAGACUUUUCGGGGUGGGGUUUACUGGAUUUUUAAUUGUUGCGGCUCUUCUGGUUUGUGGUUCAGAAGGGUUGAAUUCCGAGGGGCUACUCCUCCUUGAGCUGAAGCAUGGGCUCUACGAUCAAUUUAAUCAUUUGUAUAACUGGAAUCCUAGUGAUCAGACACCAUGUGGGUGGAUAGGUGUGAAUUGCACGGGUUAUGAUCCAGUGGUCAUCUCUCUUGAUUUGAACUCGAUGAAUCUGUCUGGAACUCUAAGUCCUAGCAUUGGUGGUUUGAGCUACCUAACUUAUCUUGAUGUUUCUCACAAUGGGCUUACUGGAAAUAUACCCAAGGAGAUUGGAAAUUGUUCGAAGUUGGAGACACUUUGUUUGAACGAUAAUCAGUUUGACGGGUCAAUUCCUGCUGAAUUUUGUAGUUUGUCUUGUUUGACAGAUUUGAAUGUAUGCAAUAACAAAUUGUCUGGUCCUUUCCCUGAAGAGAUUGGGAAUCUUUACGCGCUUGUAGAAUUAGUGGCAUACACUAACAAUCUCACAGGUCCCUUGCCACGUUCUUUUGGGAAUCUCAAGAGUUUGAAAACAUUUCGAGCUGGGCAGAAUGCUAUUUCUGGAAGUCUUCCUGCAGAGAUUGGUGGAUGUAGGAGCUUGAGAUAUCUUGGACUUGCCCAAAAUGAUUUAGCUGGAGAAAUACCCAAGGAGAUUGGGAUGCUUAGGAACUUGACGGAUCUGAUUCUUUGGGGUAAUCAGUUGUCAGGUUUUGUCCCAAAGGAACUUGGGAAUUGUACACAUCUUGAAACUCUUGCUUUGUACCAGAAUAAUCUCGUGGGAGAGAUACCCAGGGAGAUUGGGAGCCUCAAGUUUUUGAAGAAGUUAUACAUCUAUAGAAAUGAGUUGAAUGGUACCAUUCCAAGAGAGAUAGGUAAUCUUUCUCAAGCCACAGAAAUUGAUUUCUCAGAGAACUACCUGACUGGAGGGAUUCCAACUGAGUUCAGUAAGAUAAAGGGUCUAAAAUUACUGUAUCUUUUCCAGAAUGAGCUGAGUGGUGUCAUUCCAAAUGAGCUUAGUAGCUUGAGGAACUUGGCGAAGCUUGAUCUCUCGAUUAAUAACCUAACAGGUCCUAUUCCUGUUGGAUUUCAGUAUUUGACACAAAUGUUCCAGUUACAGUUGUUCGACAACCGUCUGACUGGUCGUAUUCCUCAAGCUCUUGGACUUUAUAGCCCACUUUGGGUGGUUGAUUUUUCUCAAAACCACUUGACAGGAAGCAUACCUUCUCAUAUAUGUCGACGAUCUAAUUUGAUUUUGUUGAAUCUCGAGUCUAAUAAGCUGUAUGGAAAUAUCCCAAUGGGGGUCUUAAAAUGUAAAUCCUUGGUGCAACUUCGUCUGGUUGGAAACAGUCUUACUGGAAGCUUCCCUUUAGAGUUGUGCAGAUUGGUGAACCUUUCAGCUAUUGAAUUGGACCAGAACAAGUUCAGUGGUCUAAUUCCUCCAGAGAUUGCAAACUGCAGAAGUUUACAAAGGCUUCAUCUUGCAAACAAUUACUUCACAUCUGAGUUACCAAAGGAGAUAGGGAACCUCUCCGAGUUGGUGACUUUUAAUAUCUCAUCUAAUUUUCUCACUGGACAGAUUCCUACGAUUGUUAACUGCAAGAUGCUUCAACGACUUGAUCUCAGCAGGAACAGCUUUGUUGAUGCUUUACCAAAAGAACUUGGGACUCUUUUGCAGUUGGAGCUUCUCAAGCUCUCCGAAAAUAAAUUUUCUGGAAAUAUACCUGCAGCAUUGGGAAAUCUCUCCCAUUUGACAGAGUUGCAGAUGGGUGGAAAUUUGUUUUCAGGUGAAAUACCUCCAGAGUUGGGUGCUCUCUCAAGCUUGCAGAUUGCAAUGAAUCUUAGUUAUAAUAAUCUCUCGGGGAGAAUACCACCUGAGCUUGGGAAUCUUAUUUUACUGGAGUUUCUACUGCUUAACAACAAUCAUUUGAGUGGUGAAAUUCCAAGCACAUUUGGAAAUCUCUCAAGUUUAAUGGGGUGCAACUUCUCAUACAAUGACCUCACUGGACCUUUACCUUCCAUUCCACUGUUUCAGAACAUGGUUAGCAGCAGUUUUAUUGGAAAUGAAGGCCUGUGUGGUGGGCGUCUUAGCAAUUGCAAUGGAACUCCAUCUUUUAGUUCUGUUCCUCCUUCUUUGGAGAGUGUGGAUGCUCCUCGGGGUAAAAUCAUCACAGUAGUUGCAGCUGUUGUAGGUGGGAUCUCUCUCAUUCUGAUUGUAAUUAUUUUAUAUUUUAUGAGACGUCCAGUUGAAGUAGUUGCUUCUUUGCAAGACAAAGAGAUUCCCUCAUCUGUUUCUGAUAUCUACUUUCCUCCCAAGGAGGGUUUCACUUUCCAAGAUCUAGUUGAGGCCACAAACAAUUUUCAUGACAGCUACGUGGUUGGAAGGGGGGCUUGUGGAACUGUUUAUAAGGCAGUUAUGCAUUCUGGGCAAACCAUUGCAGUUAAGAAGCUUGCCUCUAACAGGGAAGGAAACAGCAUUGACAACAGUUUCCGAGCUGAAAUUCUCACACUGGGAAAGAUUAGGCAUCGUAAUAUUGUGAAGCUCUAUGGUUUUUGCUAUCACCAGGGUUCCAAUCUGCUUCUGUAUGAGUACAUGGCAAGGGGUAGUUUGGGUGAGUUGCUUCAUGGGGCAUCUUGUAGCUUGGAAUGGCAAACCCGGUUCACUAUUGCUCUUGGGGCUGCUGAAGGUCUUGCUUAUUUACAUCAUGACUGCAAACCAAGGAUCAUUCACCGUGAUAUAAAAUCUAAUAAUAUUCUACUUGACAGUAAUUUUGAAGCUCAUGUUGGUGAUUUUGGUUUGGCAAAGGUUGUGGACAUGCCUCAAUCUAAAUCAAUGUCAGCUGUUGCUGGAUCAUACGGAUACAUUGCCCCUGAAUAUGCUUACACUAUGAAGGUUACAGAGAAAUGCGACAUAUAUAGCUAUGGGGUUGUUCUAUUGGAGUUGUUAACAGGGAGAACUCCUGUACAGCCACUAGAUCAAGGAGGCGAUCUUGUCUCAUGGGUGAGGAAUUAUAUUCGGGACCAUUCAUUGACAUCUGAGAUAUUUGACACUCGUUUAAAUCUAGAAGACGAAAAUACUGUUGAUCACAUGAUUGCUGUCUUAAAAAUUGCUAUACUGUGCACAAAUAUGUCCCCUCCUGACCGGCCUUCAAUGCGGGAAGUUGUGCUGAUGCUGAUUGAGUCUAAUGAGCAUGAGGGGUACUAUAUCUCAUCUCCAAUCAAUGAUCUUCCUCUGAAAGAUGAUUCAUCAUGAAUGUAUGUAAAAUUUUCCCAGCUUCCAUUAAUUGUGAUAGUUUCUUGUUUCUUUUUCCUUUUUGGUUCUGAUUCUUCCUUGUUUAUUACUAGAGUAAAAUGAUAAAAAUUAUCAUGUACAUUUUUUAACAAAAAUGCUGUUACUUAACUUUUCUAUUAAGAGUUUGAGGGGUAAUUGAUGUUACUCCCAAAUCUGUAUUUUCAUUUGAUAUCAAUACAAAAAUACUAAUUCAAGUA